UUGACAUGUAAAGUGGGUCCCCGGUAUAAAUCCUGCCUCCCUCCCCCGGCUGCGAACUCCCGGGGCCACUUGUUCCCGGAGAGGGGGAACAUGGUCACCCAGCCCGGAGGGCAGGAGAAACCGCAGCUUUGCAGCUUCCGCAAGGUUUGCUAGCAGCACUCGGCCGGAGGAAAGAAGCGGGCCGGGGGAGGGGUGAAAGCCAAACCCCGGUAACAUUUCCCUUCUCCCCCGCAGAUUUCAAAACCCUUGAUGGAGAAGAAGAGAAGAGCCAGGAUCAAUGUGUCUCUGGAGCAACUGAAGGCUCUGCUAGAAAAGCACUAUUCUCACCACAUCCGAAAGCGCAGACUGGAGAAGGCAGAUAUCCUGGAGCUGAGCGUCAAGUACAUGAAAAGCCUCCAGAAUUCUGUCCAAGGGGCUGACUACCAGGCCGGCUUCCGGAGCUGCCUGCACGGGGUGAACCAGUUCCUGCUGCGCUCCGAGGGGGCCAGCGAAGCUUCCUCCUUCCACCUACUGCAGGAGCUCGCCCGGGCCUCCCCGCGGGUGAGCGGCUCCGGCUGCAGGACCACGGACAGCAGCCCCCUCGCGCCGCGCCCGGAGCCCCGGGGCUCCCGGCCCGGCGGCCGCGCGGCCGAGCAGAGGGGGCCUGUGCAGAAAGCCGGCGGCUCCACCCAGCGCCCCCGGGCCCCUGGCGCUCCCAGCUCCCAGCCCCGGACUGAGCCGGGCGCUGCUGCCCCGCGGCGCGGCCCCGGGCAGCAAAGACCCUCCGGGCCCAGCCGGAGCCAGGCGCUGUGGCGGCCCUGGUAGCGCGAGCCUCCCCCACGCGCGGCUUGGUCAGGAGAACGGGGGCGGGCGGGCGGGGGCGGCUCCCUGCCCGCGGGCGCUAGAGCGCAGGAGGGACGUGCCCGGGGGAUAGGAUCACCCCCGCUGGGCUCGGUCCUUCGCUAGCCAGCGCCCCGGGCGCGCACAGCGCAGGGGCUGAGGGUCUCCGCCCAGCCGGGGAGACGCAGGACCUGGGGGACGCGUUUCAUUGUUUUAAAUAUCGCCCCCGCUUCCAAGGGGCGCCGAGGCGGCAGCGUGUUUGUACCCGGCUCCCGGGUUUAAUAAACCGGCUCCCACAUCCCGUGUCUCGGUUUCUUUCCCCGCACGGCCCAGCAAGGGAGCUGGCGGGGUCAGGGAUGACGUGGG